UACCUUUCUGCUUUCAUAUACCAAAUGAAAUUCUGGUUGCAUAUAUGCAAGCAGAAAGCAUAUGAUGGAGGACUCAAUGCUUCACAUAGCCAUGUUUCCAUGGCUGGCGUUUGGGCACUUCAUCCCUUUCCUCCAACUAGCCAACGAUCUUGCAAAAAGAGGCCAUAGGAUCUCACUCUUACUCCCAACAAAUGCUCUGCUUAAACUCAAACAUUUGAAUCUCUACCCACAACUCAUAACCUUCUGUGCUCUUACAAUCCCUCAAGUCGAAGGCCUGCCGCCCGGUGCCGAGACAACAGCCGAUACAAUGAAUCUUGAUGGUUCACUAGAAGUAGCCUUGGAUGGAUUGCAGGAUGAGGUGAAAGCCAUUCUUCUUCAGAUGGAAAAGCCCAAUCUUGUGUUCUAUGACUUUGCUUAUUGGAUCCCGGAAUUAGUGUCGGAGAUGGGAUGCAAAACUGUGAAAUUCACAGUUUUUAGCCCUACCAUAUCAGCUCUGUCCCUAAUCACGUCAAAAAGUAAAGGCAAAGGCAGGGCCGUAACGGCCGCUGAUAUCAUGGAGCCGCCGCCGGGUUUCCCUUCGGAUUCCAAGGUUGUGUUGCGAGAGCAUGAAGCAUAUCAAGUGUCACGUUUCCUUAAUCUACCCAGAAAUAGGAUAACUGUGUUUGAUCGUGUUGUGGAGGCGCUCAAACGGUGCGAUGCAAUAGCCUUCAGAGCCUGCAAUGAAAUGGAAGGACACUACUGCAACUACAUAGCUACUGAGUUAGGUAAACCAGUCUACUGCGCGGGACCGCUGUUGCCGGAGCCGCCGAGGGAGGAGCCGUUGGAAGAUAAAAUCGCGAGGUGGCUGGAGAAGUUUGAGCCAAAUUCAGUAAUUUUCUGUGCAUUUGGAAGUGAAGUGGUGCUUGGGAAGGAACAAUUUCACCAACUUCUUUUAGGGCUUGAACUCACCGGCCUACCGUUUCUGGUUGCCGUCAAGCCGCCGGAGAGAUCAUCGUCUAUAGAAGACGCCUUGCCGGAGGGAUUUCAAGAGAGAACAAAAGGAAAGGCAAUAGUUCAUGGAGGUUGGGUGCCGCAAUCUAUGAUUUUAAGGCACAAAGCAGUGGGGUAUUUCGUGAACCACGGCGGGUCUGGAUCAAUGUGGGAGUCGUUGGCGAGCCAUUGCCGGAUAAUUGUGGCACCUCCAAACAGGUCCGACUACGCUUUGAAUGCUCGUCUCAUGGCGGAGGAACUUGAGGCCGCUGUUGAGGUUCAAACAGAUGAAAAUGACAAAUUUUUCAAGGAAAAUCUGUGCAAUGCUAUCAAAUCUGUGAUGGGGGAAAAUAUACAGAAGGUGAAUCAUAAGAAAUGGAGGGAUUUACUACUCACUCCUGGCUUCGCAGACAAUUACAUUGACAGUUUCAUUCACAAAUUGUAUGAGCUCUCAGUACAAUAGAUGCCAAUCCCUGCACCUUGCCUCUUGAACACAAAACUAUCAGUUUAUUUUAGAUUAAUCUAUCAGUUAAACUAUAGUCCAGAUAAAUUUUAUUUUUUUUUUACAUUUCUUUGUUAUGUGUGUUCGAUCGGAUGAAAUAAAUACAAUAGUUAUUUUUGGUCU